CCUCUGCAGUGCCCGUGUAAUUCAUAAAAUCCGUGAUCAUGGCAAAACAAGGACUGGUUGAACGUUUAAAAAAUGGCGAAAAAAUCCUAAUAGCGGAAGGAUAUAUGUGGGAGUUGGAAAGAAGAGGCUAUCUUACUGCUGGAGGUUUUAUUCCAGAAGUAGUUAUAGACAAUCCUGAAAUAGUGCGUGCUCUUCACGAAGAAUUCGUCCAUGCUGGUACCGACGUCAUAGAAGCAUUUACGUACUAUGGACAUCGUGAAAAACUGCGCCUGAUUGGUCGAGAAGAUGACCUAGAAAGGUUAAACAGAGAUGCCCUGCAAAUAGCAAAGGAAAUAGCCACAAAGCAUGGUAAACUACUCGCUGGAGGGAUCUGUAAUACAGGGGUUUACAACCCCGAGGACGAAUCCACAUUUGCUACUGUCACAUCAAUGUUCAAAGAGCAAAUUGAGUGGGCAGUAGAGUAUGAUGUAGACUUCAUAAUUGGCGAAACUUUCAAUGACUUGGGAGAAGCCAUGCUUGCUUUGAAGGCCAUUCAGGACUAUGGGAAAGGAGUGCCUGCGGUAAUCACGUUGACGGCCUACUUUCCCGACACCACGACAGAUGACGUCCCCAUUCCUGAGGCGUGCCGUCGUCUGGAGGAGGCGGGGGCGGCGGUGGUGGGGCUGAAUUGUGGGAGGGGCCCCAAAACAAUGAUACCACUCGUCAAGGAGAUCAAAAAAGUUUGCAAGGGUCCCGUCGCCAUGUUACCUGUGACUUUCCGCUGCAGAGAUGAUUGUAGGACAUUCCAGUCCCUAAAGGAUCCAGAAAAUGGAAAACCAUUAUAUCCCUUUGAUCUGGAGGCCGCCCGGUGCAGCAGAUCGGACAUAAAGACGUGGGCAGUGGAAGCUAAGGAAGCGGGGGUGGAAUACAUAGGUCUCUGUUGUGGCAACGCCUCCUUUUACUUCCGGGAACUAGCGGAAGCUUACGGUAGAAAACCGCCAACUACGAAAUAUGCUCCUAACUUAAAUCUUAGCCAUAUCUUCGGUAAGCCGAGUAAAGAUGAUAGAUUCAAACGUUCAACGAAAAUUAGGGAAUUUAUGAUUGGUAAGGACAACGCAUGAGGUGGACAAUUAUAGAGAAUCUAUAUUAGAUUUAUCUAUCUUUGCACACUCUUAUGUGUAUACACUGCAGAUAAUAUUAGUUCAACUGACUGGUGAUGUUAGGUUAAGUUAUGGUUACGAAUCACGUGUACAUUAAUCAUAGUUCAGUUAACAUGACAUA